AUGGAUCUCAAGUGGUGUGCAUGGAUUGCUGUCUACUGCUCAUUUAUAAGCUUUGCCAACUCGAGGAGCUCAGAAGACACCAAACAGAUGAUGAGCAGCUUCAUGCUGUCUAUCUCUGCUGUGGUGAUGUCCUAUCUGCAAAACCCUCAGCCCAUGUCUCCUCCUUGGUGAAAGGAUAAUUUGUCUCUA